UCCCUGGGUUACCAUCAACAAGUUAGUUAGCCCGCUGUAGCUAUGUCAGUUUGCCAUUAGAUAAUAGAGUUUAUAUAGCUUUUUAGUAUGUAAUGAACUAGACAGUAAUCAUGUGGCAAUCAGACUUUUUACAAUGGUACUUCAGCCACAAUGGUAGCAAGGGAAGCCCAGCAGCUAUCUACUUGUUAAAGUGAACUUAGCGAACAGUAGCUAGCAUGCUAAUGUCAGUAAACGCAACCAGAGGGACGUCUUUAUAGUUUUCAGGAUGACAAACCAGGGGUUUGAGACACUGGCGUACAAGAAAAGUCCGAAAACAUCGAAAAGAACCACAUUUCAGGAUGAACUUCAGGCUGCUGUCUCUGCCAGGGCAAGCAAAACAAAAACAGAUCACUACUCCUACUCUGAUGACUUCCAUGACGAUGAAGACGAUUUUUUGAAUGAACUCCUCAAAUCAAGAAAAAAGAGGACUGAUGCAUUUAAAGCUGGGAAGUAUAAAGCAAAAAUCCACGACUUUGAGCUUUCAGAUGAUGAUGGCAAACAUGGGAGAACAAAGAAAGUUUCAUUCCUGAAAACGCAAAGAAUCAGUUCUCACUCAGAAGACACAAAGGCAUCAGAGUCACGUACAUCAGAGCCACCAGACUCUUCCAUUGAACACAACAAUUACAGCAACUCAUUUUCCCCACAGCACUCCACAAAUGUCAGUGAGGAUGACACACAAUUUCAAAACAGUUUUGUGGAGUCUGUCGAUCCCCAAAUCACAAGACAGAGCUCAAGUAAAUCUCUGUCAUACCAAACCUCAGAUGAUACUCUUCUGGACAUGCCUUUGCCUUUACCGUCUGACAGCAGUGUGACAGAAACGCCAGGUCCUGGGGAGAAGAGGAACCCUGCUCUGGAAGAAAGCUCCCAAACUCCACAUCUAUCAGGGUCUGACCUCAAACAUGUGCCUUCAGCAGAUAAUGCUGCCAAGAGGGAGCCACCCAGACCCAAACCAAGACAACGGACUCUGGGAUUGAGCCUUCACGCCGCAGAGAAGCCGCCUGAAGAAACUGAUUCUCAGGAUCUCAGCAGGCCCCAGACUUCCUCUGCAUCCAUUCCCCUCUCCACUGACACAUCCAGCAACACCGCCGUGAGGAGCUGCAGUCCACAUUGGACAGAAGGAGAUCACGCAGUUUCAUCCUCUUCAAAUAAGAGUGAACAAUCACAGCUCUUCACCAAGUCCACAGUUGAUUCUGGAUCCAAAGAUGACUUUAUUUCCAAUGACAGCAAAGAGCAGGAGAGAAAGUACACUACAUCAUUUGAGGAAUUUAAUGAAGACUCGGGAGAUCAUUCCCUCGCUCCACUCUCUCACACCUUGGAAAAGUCAUUUGACACCAGGACUUCAAGUUCUCACUCAAAGAUCACUCAGAAAUCUCAGAGUACAUGCUCCAGAAAAGUGGAAUCAAAGUAUCUGGGAACUCUCAAAGUUCUGGACCGUAAAGUGUCACAACAAGAGUCUCAGCCACAAGCAGCAGAUUCACUCAGAGCUGCCAUUUACCAGGAAUGGCUUAAAAAGAAAAAGGAAAAGUCAAGAGAGAACAUGCAACUAAAGAAGAAAGAGGAAAUCCUAAAAGAAAAAAAGGAAAAGGAAGAAGAAGCUAAAAAGGAAGACGCUGUCGCAUCAUAUGAGGCUUGGAAAGAAAAAAAAGCAGAAAGUCUCAAAGCAAAAGCCAAAGAAAAGCAAGAAUUGAUCAGAAAAGAGGAAAAGGCGAGUCAAGAGAAAGAAGAAAAAUGGCAGUCUGCUAAACAGGUGUUUGACAAAUGGAAACAGGAGCAUGAUCAUCUACUCAAAGAGAAGUACAGAAAACAGAAAGAAGCUGAAAAUAAACUUAAACUGAAAAACCAAGAAAAGGAGGAAGAAAGAAAGAGAGAGAGCAAAUCUGCUUUUUCUAACUGGUGUGAAAAGAAGAAAGAUGUUCUCCAUGAAAAAGUCACGAUGGAGCGCAAAGAAAUCAAAAAUAAGGCAGAGGAGGAACGAUACAUGAAAGAAGAGAGAGAUAAAAUGGCUUUAGAGCUGUAUGAAAACUGGCUGGCAAGAAAAGAUCUAGAACAAAAGCGACAGAGAGAAGAAAGACGGAUAAAAGCGAUUCUCCAAGACAGUCCACCUCCACCGUGGAGCCCUCCUAAUAAAACUAUACCAUUUCGAAAAUGACAUUUGAAAUGUAACAUAACACCCCUUGAAUAUCUGUGGGUGGUGUGUUACAUUUUAACUUGUGAGUUUUGUACUGUAUGUUGUAUCAAAAGUAUGUUUUUAUACAUAGUUGAUGACAGCUGUUAAAUUUUAUAUUUUUGUGAGGUUUUGAAUUAACCAGCAGCUCUGAUGCAAAUUUAUAUUUUAUAUGCGUUUUGGUGAAAUUUACAGUACGUUUAGAAAGAUGGAAAAAUUUUGGCUGAUUUGGCUGAUUUCUCUGCCAAUGUUUAUGGUUGAACUGCCAUUGACCUCCAUGUAAACUUUAUUUUUGCCUUUAGGUUAUAAGAGAUUCUAAACCACACCAGCUUUGAAACAGAUCUGUGUAACACUCGACACAUCUUAUGUUAAACUUUAAUUAAUUUGUUGAUUUGAAGGGUGGAUUUAUUUGUGGUUGGUUUUGCAUGUCAUCUUUUACGUUUUUAGUCAUUUUCGUUGCAUUUUUUUCUAUCAUUCAAAACAUUUACUUUAGGCUUUUAAAAAAUGUCCUUCAUAAUCUCUUAGGUUAUGCAACAAUGCAAUAAACACAAUUUCUCCCUCCCAGUGGGGGGGGUGACAUUUUAAACAAGUUUCGAUAGAGAGAAGCAUUUUAAAAUUACAACUUAAACACAAUGCAUCCUAAUUGUCCUAAUGAGUAAGUGUUGUUAGGGGAUUUGUUUAUGGCCUGCUGUUAGGUCUGCUACUACUCUAUUAUGCAAUAAAAGACUCCCCCACAAAGCUGGGAAAUGUUCACAUCCAACUAUCAGUGCCAGUGCUGUUUGACUCUAAGGAAAACAGUGCAUGUUGAAAUGUAAAAAAAAAAAAAAUUGAAUUGCAACUUCUCCAGAACCUUCUUUGAAAUCAGAGCUUACAAAACUAUAAACUCUUUCUGGUCAUCGCGUUCUUGUAAAAAUGAAACCGAAAGUAUGCAAACAUCUGAAUAUUACAGCCGUUUGCCAUUAAUAUGGGCAUUCAUGUGGAGUUACCCCUCCCUUUGCUGCUACAACAGCUUCCACUCUUUUGAGAAGGCUUUGUACAAGAUUUUGGAAACUGGCUG